GAAUAUACUCGUGAUAACACAUCAGACUACUAUCACCGGUGCAUACGUGAAAUCCAUAAAGAUGAACACGAUUAAAUGGAAAAUUAUCUUAUUCGCCGUUAGCUUAGUUAUUUGUUUCGAAAUAGUUUCCCCAACAACUCCACCACCACCGUCAUCUUGCUCCUGCGGAGUGACAUCCACCCAAACUUCCCGAAGAAUUGGUGGUUCCGAAGCCGCACUUGGUGAAUUUCCGUGGCGUUGCAAUCUAAACACGACAAGAUUUGGAGGCGUCUUCUGCACCUGUACAAUUAUCAGUCCAAACUGGAUAAUGACUGCGGCCCAUUGUACAAAAAUCCUCCGACCUUCGGACAUUCUUUACAUCGACAUCGGUGACUUGGACCUGACCUCGCAAACCGAAACUGCAAACUACUGGGUGGAGGCUGAACGUGUCAUAAGUCAUCCUGCUUACGAGCGAUACACAUUGAGCCACGAUAUUGCUCUGAUCCAGCUUAAAACCCCCGUCACGUUUUCCUCCACCGUGCAACCGGCAUGCCUCCCAUUUCCGUUUGCUCAAAUAAACCUGGAAGGUAGCAGGGCGACCAUGUCUGGUUGGGGGAUGACCGUUUAUGGGGGACCUACAGGACAACGAUUAAUGAAAACAGAGGUCUCCAUUGUGCCGGAACAUGUUUGUAGAAAUGCAUGGUCUCAACAAUUGGCACCAAAUAUUCUUUGCACGAGUGAAAUGGGAAAAUCUGUGUGUCAUGUGGAUUCCGGUGGUGGCAUAGACUUCCGGUCGAAUGGUAGAUGGUAUGCUGUGGGAGUGACCAGUGCGGGUGGGACAGGAUGUCGGACACAUUAUCCGAAUAUAUUUACAAAGGUUUCCAGCUAUUUGGACUGGAUUAUUGGAACGACAGGUGAACAAUUCUGUGGGAACUGAACGUCAACUUAACUAUUCUUACUUUAAUUUACAUGUUCGCAAUAAAAUUAAUAUCAAUAAUAUUGUCA